CAGGAACAACAGAAAAUGAAAAUCAAGUGCUUAAUGGUUGUAGUGACGACGAAAUGGAUAUGCUACGCUAUGAGGGUAGUGGCCAACGUGGUUUAGAGUCGAGAUCAUCUGACCUUUUAGUAUCUCCUUCAUUCGUCGAAGUACAGGAUGAAAUUAAUAAGACGUCGCGUUCAAGGUUCAAUGAUUUUUUAAUCAGUCCUUCUCGUUCUGCUAUAAAUCUCCGUCCAGUAGACACCCUUGUUACAUCUGCUAAUUCUACAUCUACCACAUCUAGUAAUCCAAAUUCUGCAUCAUCUAAUUGGUCUGAAUUCCCAUUUGGUUAUAACGGGUCAUCUUCCUCUCAAACAUGCCCUCCUUCAGCGUUGAAUGCCGGAAAUUGUAUUAAAGAAAGAUCAUUUGCAUUCUCAACAGCUAGCAGCUCAAAUAUGGAUCAAAAUAAAACUUUACCUUCUGCAUCAAUAUGUUUCUUGUGCUCAAAACAAUCCUCUCCAAACAAGAAGAGCUCUCGCGGAAUUUUCAAAAUUUUGAUCAUAAAUUGGAUUUAAUUAUGGACUUAAUCAGGACUGAUGAAAAUGUCAAAAAACCAGAGGGAUGACCCACUCUUCCAUUACCGGACAAAAACACUUUUUAUGAAUUCGAAUUGUUCCUACAAAAAAGCAACAAUUAUGAUUUCGCUGUAUCUCAUCUUAGUGUCGUAGCUGGUAAAGGGGCAAACGAGGGAGAAAUGGCUACCAGUAUAUGUAAAAAACUUUUUUCUCCUGAGCUUGCAUCUAGUCUGACCUGGACGGGAACGGAAUUUAAAAAAGGAAUUAAGUCGAUGAAGUG